AUAACCAGCUGCACAUCCGCGUCCUUCUCGUUCGUCCUCAGUGUAGGAUAACGAAGCAGUCACUUUUCGGGCUCUCUUAUCCAUCUUGAAUUUCACGCCGGCAACUCUUCGAUUCGACUUUAAGGAGCAACAUUGUCAUUUUGCCCAGCAAGGUUUUACUUGAACUAUCACCAUGGAUGUCAUAGUGCGCCGCUGUCCAUUCCUGGCUCGCGUACCCCAGGCCUUCAUGCAGCAGCCCAGAAAUUCACUGGUGGUUUACGCCCAGCGUUGCCCCAUCAUGAUGGAGCUGGCCUCCAAACCCAUGGCGCCGUCGCUGGCGCGGGCUCUCUGCUCGUCCACUUCCUAUCACCAGAGGGCUGAGAAUAACACCACUGAAGGUACCCAACCGACGGUGGAGGCCAAGUUGCCUGCAGGCCAUUCGACUGUGCCAUCUGGUCAGGCCGUGGCCUCCAAAUGCCCGUUCCUGGCUGCAGAGAUGGGCCAGAAAAACAGCACCGUGGUUCGCCAGGUUGGCAUGGAGUUCCAAGAAGAUGUUCAGGAAGUCCGCACUGUCCAGAAAGAAGUGUCUCCUGAUCAGCUGAAGCAGCCAUCCUUGGCCAGCACCAGUGAAAGUCUCAUGAAGACCCUCCUUAAACAGCGUCCUAAGAUGGUCUCCCACAUGCUACAGGACAAUUUGCCAAGCAGCUUGUCCCGCUUCCAUUACGAUGGCUUUUUCGAAAAGAAGAUCGAAGAGAAGAGAAGCGACCACACGUACCGCGUGUUCAAGACUGUGAACCGUCUGGCCAACGAGUUCCCCAUGGCCGACGACUUCACGGGCUCCCUGGAGGAGAAAAAGGAGGUGUCGGUGUGGUGCAGCAACGACUACUUGGGCAUGAGUCGACAUCCUCGGGUAGUUCAAUCAAUCAUGGAAACACUACAAAAGCACGGCUCGGGGGCAGGAGGAACUCGGAACAUCUCCGGCACCAGCAAGUUCCAUGUGGAACUGGAAGAAGAGCUGGCUGACCUCCACAAAAAGGAUGCGGCGCUACUCUUCACUUCCUGCUUUGUGGCCAAUGACUCCACCCUGUUUACCUUGGCAAAGAUGCUGCCAGGUUGCGAGAUCUACUCUGAUGCAGGCAACCACGCAUCGAUGAUUCAGGGAAUUCGGAACAGUGGUGCCAAGAAGUUCAUUUUCCGCCACAAUGACGUCUCUCACCUCCGAGAGUUGCUGCUUAAGGGAGAUCCGAGCAAGCCAAAGAUUGUUGCAUUUGAGACUGUCCACUCUAUGGAUGGGGCUGUGUGUCCGCUAGAAGAGAUGUGCGAUGUGGCCCACGAAUUUGGCGCAAUCACAUUUGUUGACGAGGUUCACGCCGUGGGUCUGUACGGAGCCAGCGGAGGUGGAAUUGGAGAUCGCGAUGGGGUCAUGGACAAGAUGGAUAUCAUCUCUGGGACGUUAGGCAAAGCCUUCGGCUGUGUCGGCGGCUACAUCGCCAGCACCGCCGCCCUGGUGGACACCGUCCGCUCGUACGCCGCCGGCUUCAUCUUCACCACUUCUCUGCCGCCGAUGUUGCUCUCCGGCGCCCGGCAGUCCAUCCAGGUGCUCAAGGGCGAGGAGGGUCGCGCGCUGAGACGCAAGCACCAGCGCAACGUCAAGUUCCUCCGGCAGAUGCUGAUGGACGCUGGGCUGCCUGUGGUACACUGCCCAAGCCACAUCAUCCCAGUUCGGGUGUCUAACGCUGAGAAGAACACAGAGGUGUGUGACCUCAUGAUGAGUCGCCACAAUAUCUACGUGCAGGCCAUCAACUAUCCCACUGUGGCUAAAGGGGAUGAGCUUCUGCGCAUUGCUCCAACACCUCACCACACCCCUGAGAUGAUGAAAUACUUUGUUGAGAGGUUGGUGCACACAUGGAAGGAGGCCGGCCUUGAGCUGAAGCCCCACUCCUCGGCCGAGUGCACCUUCUGCCAGCAGCCUCUUCACUUUGAGGUGAUGAGCGAGAGAGAGAAGUCUUACUUCAACGGCCUCAGUCACCCGAUCUCGGCUCGCGGGUAACCAGUCACCCCCAAAGCUGGCUCCAGACAACUGUCCCAUUAUCUUUUAUAUGUCCUCUUAAACACAUUAUUCAAAAUACUCUAUGAUCAAAUAUUAUAUAUACGUAAUAAAAUAUUAGAUGGAA